AUGUCGCAGCGGCGCAUGACGCUGGCGUCGAUUGAUACCAACCGAGGUGCUACCGCCGCCUCUGCAAUGAACAAGGCACCUGGAAAGAUGCCACCACCUGUAGCGGGUGUGCGUGGUCGUCCCUCGCUGGCCAUGCGUCGUUCCAGCGUGGCUUUGGGUGGGUCUAGCGCUCUCCAUGAAAUGCGUCCACGGGCGAGUUUGGCACCAGGCCAGCGUCGUUCGGUCGGGAUGGGCCGUGCUUCGUUGGCGCCUGGUGCGCUUCCUCCCAUGCCCGUGAUCAAAGAUAGCCGCAUGCGUAUGAAGAAUGCACGCGCUACGAUGGAGGCCAACCUGACGCAUUUUCUCGAGUCAACAGGAUUUACCAUGGCGGGAUGGUCCUCCAAGCUGGUGCACGAGCCGACGCAGUCUGCCUUUGUCGGCAUGUUCAAGCACAUCUACAGCACGUGUAUUGAUAGUGGAUACCAAGUCGGCGCAGAAGGCCGCAAGUUUGAAGAGGAAGUGCUAAUGCUCAUGAAGGAAAUCCGAUACCCAUUUGUGGACGAGCUGACCAAGACGAAACUCACGGCGGCCGGCAGUCAGCAGAACUGGCCCGUGUGUCUCUCGAUGCUCGACUGGAUGGUGCAAGUGGGAACCGCCGUAAACGCAUCGCACAGUGGUCCGUUGGAACGCGAAGACGAGAAUGAGCUUCAUGCGUUGUUCUUCCCGUACCUAUGGCACUGCUACGAACGUUUCUGGGACAACCAGGAUACGUACCCGGAGGAAAUGGAGGCGCUCGCUCAGCGUUUCGCGGAAAAGAAUGCGGCGUUGGCCUCUGCUGUCGAGGCGUUGGCCUCGGAUCAGCAAGCGCUCGAUGCAGAAUGGCAUGCGUUGUCCGAUAAGCCCUCGCCCCUUCAACGCGAGAGGCAUGAGAACGAGGUGCUGCAGAGCGACUUGGCUAAGUUUGCCAAGUACCACCACGAAGUGCUCGUCCCGAAACUGGACAAGAGCCGCCGAACGAUUCAGCGUCUGCAAGCGGCGCUGGUCGAGUAUACCACAGAGCUCACAGCCAAACAGGCGGAGCGAACGCGACGGCAGCAGCUGGUCGAUGCGCAAGACAUAUCGUCCGAUGAGUUUGAGCGGAUGCUAGCGGAACGGGAACGUCUCGCGCGACAACUCGACGAGCUGACGACGCAGAAUCGGGAGGCCGUGGAGCAGUGUUGGUCGUUGGAGAUGGCACUUACGAAGCAGCAGACCGAGGUAGAGAAGCGAUUGACGCAUUUCCAUACGGGUGCACGACGUGUUGACCUUUUCCCUCUGUCUCUCCCGAACGGCGUCGAGCUCACCGAGCUGGAUCUCGUGCCGGCCAACCCAUCGACGAUGCUGGCGCCUGGUGUAUCGAUGCAGGCUGUGCGGUCGAAAAUCGAGCAUCUUCGCGCCAUGGAAGCGGAGCGCUUCCGCACCUUGUCGGACGAGCGCCUAGCCCUCCAAGAAUCGCUGGACGAAGCCUUGGAAACGCUGCAUCGACUUCGUCGCGAUGGGCGGAGUGCCGAGUUACGUCUUGAAGCGCUGCGUGCCCAAAUGGACGAGGUCAAUCAGCGUGGGAGUGAAGAAGAAGACGCUUCGCAGGCCGAGUACCUGCGCCAGGAAGGCAUUGUGCGUAGCAUUGAGCAUUCCAGCUCGAUGGCGCUGCAACAGGCGGAAGCACGAUGGCAGGGCUUGCAAUUGCAGCUGCAAGAAGCCCUUGAGUCUACCGCGGCCGAGCGCGCGGCCAUGCAUGAUGAAGUGUGCAGUGCGCUGCACUCGCUCCUCGAUAUCAAGGUGCGUGUAUCAGAGGGUCUCGAUCGCAUUGCCGCUGCAGUCUCCGGUACGUGUCGUUCAUAG